GAAAAAAAAAAAUAAAAAAAAGAGGACUUGCUUUUUCCUUUCACAGCAGAAAAAGGGUGACACCGAAAGACAAAAAGACCAGCAAAGAAAAAACAAAAAAAAAACCUGAAAAAAAAGCUUAAGACGUUGUCUAUCGCUUUGCUUCCUUAUCCUUUAUCCUACUUUUUCUAUUCUUUAAAACUUCUCCCCUAUUUAACUUUAUAUUUCUUUUUACCUCGCUUGUGUUCCUCCCAAUGAACUACUUGUUGGACAGAGGCUCCGAAGCUGCAGCCCACGAUCUGGCUGAGGUUCGAAAACUGAUCGAAGGCAUGAACGCAUUGGUCAACAGUCAAGCCUUGCAGCAGCAGCAGCAGCAGCAGCAACAGCAGCAACAACAACAACACCACCACCAACAACAACAACAACAGCAGCAGCAACAGCAACGACACCAACAGCAGCAACAACAACCACAACAACACCAAACGCAACAACAACAUGCCAUUAACAAUCCUUCAACAUACCCCUCGCCCUCGCUGCCGACCUCACCGUCCACUUCCUUACAACAAGCUUCCAACUCGACUCCAUUCGCACCCGCUUCAGGUAAUUCGUCGGCAGACCACCAACAACACCAUUCCCCUUCAGCAGCAACCAAUACAUCCACGACGUCGGCUUCGCCUACCACGGCCUCCGUAGCCUCGCCCAACGAUAACUUGUCUUCUUCUAACCCGGCCGAUUCGAACGCACUGAACUAUAGCAAUGCAACGACGCCUGCGACACCGGCACCCGCCACGGCCGGGAUUAUUAUCGAAGUGAAUCAUUUACUGCUGAAUCGUACCUUGUAUUUCCAAUUGGCACCGGAUGCCACUAUUGAACCUCUUAUUGCUUGGUUGCGUGCGUCGUUUAACGAUGGUUCGAUCUCGGGAAUGGUACUUCAGUAUAAAGGAUUCGAUGGAUUGUGGAAAUGUCUUUUGAACCGCGACGAUUCCUUGAAGCGUAUCUUGAAACAGAGUUUGAAAGGCAACAGCAUGCUUCAAAUGAGAGUACCGCGCGAGCAAGACCUGCUGAGUUCAGGCUAUACCGAUCGUCGACUUCUUGCUCUUACUAAACCAUAGGCGUAAUUCAGGUCCACAACAACCCAACUGCCAGCACCAGACACGGAAUGAAAAUUCCGGCACGUCAAAAGACAAGAAAACUAAUAGUCAAACCUUGUAUUCGCGUCUUUUCUUUUUUUAUCUUUCUUUUACUUGCCCUUCUUUUUUUCUUUUUGAUUGACAUUAACACAUAUUGCAUAAAUUACGUAUUCAAAAAUAU